UGCACAACUCGAGAGCUCAGCAACACCGUCCGUGUCUGCUUUCUGUCUGCGUGGGGAAAAAGACAAGAAGAGAAAAAUGCCUUUCACACGCUCCAAGAGUGCAACAUCCCAGCCUCCCUCCACCAGGAUGAGUUUGAGGAGCUUCCGCUGCGUCCCCCUGGUUACCAUGGAGACAUCCUCCUCUUCCUCCGACGACAGCUGCGACAGUUUUGGGUCCGAUGGGGGCUUCGCAAACACGAGGAGCAGCUCCCGACUGUCGAGGCGGACGGUUGACAAGCCGAACGUUCUGGAGACAACUGCAAAGGAAGAUGUGUGCACUGGGUUUGAGGAGGAGCUCAUAAACACUCGGAUGAAAGCGAUGAAAGUAGAUCCUGAUUCUGAGCCUGCGAGACGCGGCCGCAGGUCCAGCCUCCUGAAGGUGGCCAUGGUCUUCCCCACCAGGAAGGCGGGCUCUAAAAGGCCUGCGUCCGAACCCCUCCCUCAACCUCAAGUACUGGACUCUGAUGAGGAAGAGGAGAACUUCAUGGCCAAGAGAGCCCUGAAUAUUAAAGAGAACAAAGAAAUGCUCGCAAAUCUGAUGGCAGAGCUCAACAAACUACCAGGACUCUUCCCCAAACGAGGGACUGCUGCACCCGCAACGACCAGACGUGCGCCUCGGCGCUCAAUGCUCGAACCUUUGAGGAGGAACUCUGAGCGUCUGUGUCGCCCUCACACUCGCUCCCGCACGCUAGUGCACGGCCCGCCCAGCUCGACGGCCGAGGAGGAGGCGCCGGAGGACAAGUUCGGCCUGGUGCGACGAAGUCGUUACUGCGAGGAAGUGGACGAGCCGGUCCGCCGGCGCUCAUGCAAUGGCACCAAGGCCCUCCCUCACGUGGUGCGACCUGUGGAGGAGGUCACCGAGGAGGAGCUGGAGUGCGUUUGCCUCAACGCGAGGGAGAAGGUGUACCACAGCGUCAAUGGGAGCACUUGUCACCAAUGCCGGCAGAAAACAGUCGACACCAAAACCAACUGCCGCAAUCCAGAGUGCGUCGGCGUCCGGGGUCAAUUCUGUGGCCCGUGCCUUCGCAACCGCUACGGGGAAGAAGCGCGAGACGCUCUGCUGGACGCGGAGUGGCGCUGCCCGCCGUGCCGGGGCAUCUGCAACUGCAGCUUCUGUCGAGCUCGACAAGGCCGCCGCGCCACUGGAGUCCUGGUCUACCUGGCCAAAUAUCACGGCUUUGACAAUGUCCACGCCUACCUGAGAAGCUUGAAGAAGGAGCUAGAAGGGAUGAGCGAGUGAUGAGCAGCCAAUGGAGAUGCUCGACUGCAAACUUUGACCCUUAAGUGCUCACAGAUGAUCAGGUUUUCAACUCUUGGAUGUUCAUUUGCAAUGAAUACCAGAGUUGAUCAUAUGGGAUACCGAGCAAGUUUUGAUGAACUGCUAUUUUAUGCAUGCUUCAUGGCAUUGCUUUGGAUUGAAGUCAUGCUUUUUUUUUUUUUUUUUUUUUUACUGUUCAAAUUGCGACUACAUGUUUUGCUUCCUAUUUUACAUUUCAAUGGCAGCCUGUUAAGGCAACACUUGUUAGGUGUAUGUUCACACUGCAGGUCAAUUCUGAUCUCCCCCCACUGCCUGUCCCCCCUUUUUUUUUUUUUUCUUUCUCUUCUUUCAUGUCAAUGUGAACAUGUAACUGACAUGAGUGCAGUAUGAACGCGCAGGUUGCACUCAUCCCGCCAAUGUAAUUAAAAGGCAACAAAAGUCACAAACGGGAACAGGCGGCUGAAGCACUGGAAAACAGUCAGUGGUGAAAAGAUGCUUUACAACUGAUAAACUUAAGAAAAUGUUGACUCUGGUUGCACAAAAACCUUGAAAUUGCAACCAUAAUUGAGCCAAUUAUAGCAAGUAAAAUUGGAUAAUUUCCCGUGGAAUGCCUGGUAGCGAAUCGCUGCUUUAAGCCACUAAGAUGUGUGUCCAUUUUAUAGUUAGAACGGCUGUCUUGUACAUUGUUUUAAAUGUCGAUUUCACACACAUGUGGUCUGUGGAUGUGCCUUAUUUUCAUUCUAGUUUCCUGUAAGUGGGUUCACUUGCUAAAAGAGUGAGACCUGUUAGCUUUCCCGGGGGUGUCCUGUGGAAGGGCACAGGCCCGGGUGCACCGCUCGCCACGCGGUGAUGGCGAGGAGCUCGGCGUGAUGUACUGUACCGCUCAUAUCGCCUUCAUUAGAUAACCGUCGCUAAUGGUGUGGAAACAAUUAGCGCGCGCUAAUGGGACUCUUGUACCUGUAAAUCAUUUCAUCCUGUGCUCUGGCUCAUUUUGUGCUCAUCCUUGUGAUUCUGGACACGAGAUGACUGGAAUUUCACCUUUUGUAUGACUGCUUUGAGCCAUAAUUCAGCUCGGGUUGGGUCAUUUUGGUUAUAUUCCACGGCUUGUAAUGUGCUUUCUGAACUGUAAAUUUUUUAAAAUUAAAAUGUACA